AUGUCUGAGCCAGAAGAUACUAGCGACAUCUGUGACUGGUUGACCUCCGAGCCCGAGGAGCCCGAGGUCUACAGCGACGAUGAGCAUCACAGUAACGAACAUUCACAAUGGAAGCACUGGAAAUGGGACAGGAGUGGCAUACAAGACGUCGGACUGAUGAUUAUGGAAAGGCUGGGAAAAGUGAUGGAUGCGCCCGCUAUGUACACCUUUUACAACGGUCAAAGGCAGGAAGUAUACCAUCUAGUGCAAGAUCUUGUAUGGGCGGGAGUGUGGCACGGCGACGUCCGCUUGAACCAGUUCGUGCGGCGCAAGCCGUCCUUGGUGUGCCCUCGCCAUGGAUACGCACAUCGCUGGCGAGUCAUAGACUUCGACUUGGAUGAGGAAAGGGCUUUCUUGGCUCGAGCGUCGCACCAGAUCUUUAAAUUUCCGACGUUUUGGGGUGGCGAAGAAUAG